AUGUCCGAGAAACUCGAAAGCACGCCUGCGCCUGUGGAGUCGACGGCCGGCGACACCGAGAUGACCGAGGUGCAGGACGCCGCGGGGGACGCGGGCGAGAACGGAGCGGGCGAUGUGGCCAACGAGCUGCCGUUCGCCGACGAUUCCGUCACGGAGCAGAGGACGUCGUUUAUGAGCUAUCUGAUGAGUCCCAUCGUGACGCUCCUGGUGGGGAACGACGGCAAUGAGGCGAUCUUGACGGCGCACCAAGGCCUACUGAUCAAGAGUCCCUAUCUCAAGGAAGCGUGCGCAGCCUUUACGGAAGAUGGGAGCCCUCGCCAGAUCGACCUCGCCGAAGAAGACGCCGACACGAUCGGCUCGUUUCUCGAAUACCUCUACACGGGCGACUACUUCCCCAAGAAGCUGGUGGGCCAGCGCACGCUGGAGGAGGACGCGUCGCUGCCGCUGGUGGACGACGAGGGGCGCAGCUGCUGCGGCACGCGCGGGUCUGGCGACGUCCAAGAUCCACUGCGUGGACUCGACGGCCAAGGGGAGAUUGCGUACGCGCGCUACGUGUACGGACACACGACGCCCGAGGACGCGACGAUCCGGGCGCCGAUUGCCAACUUUUGGGCGACGAGGUCGCAUACGCUGCGGUCGGAGGCGGAGCAGGAGUUCAAGGCGCUGUGCAUGGAGUUUCCGCAGUUUGGAUAUGAUGUUCUCACUCGCGUGCUGGACGAGAAACUCAAGCGUGAGAGGUCGGAGAAGCUUCAUCCCCAAUCCGGCAGCGCACGCAAGCGGCAGAGGCAGAGCCUCCAGCCUUAA